AUGGGAGACUGGGAAGAUUCAGGUCGUGUCCAAACCGCCGUGGUCGGCAAUGAGGCGGGUGAUAUGGUGCUGUCACAUAAUGCUCCAGUGCCACAAGUUACUGGUGAUUUGGUUCUGAUCAAGACUCGGGCAGUCUCGGUCAAUCCAGUCGACGCCAAAAUGAUGGGACCCUACGUUACCGCCGGGGCAAUAUCUGGCUGCGACUUCGCGGGCGUUGUCGAGGAAGUUGGACCCGAUGCCAAACAACACGACAUCCAAGUUGGUGAUCGAGUCUGUGCCACCAUAAUGGGACAAAACCCGCUUGAACCUCACCUGGGUGCUUUUGCGGAGCACGUUGGUGCCCUGUCUCAAAGCCUCAUAAAGCUCCCUAGCAAUAUCAGUUUCGAGAAUGGGUGUGCAUUCGGCACGAGCUUCAUGACAGCGGGAUUGGCACUCUUUAAGAGUCUCGACCUUCCCGGAUACCCGCUCGAGCCAAGCCCUAAGCCCAUUCCAGUUCUUGUCAACGGUGGAUCUACUGCUACAGGCACUGCGGCCAUCCAACUUCUGAAGCUCGCAGGGUUUCGACCAAUCGCGACAUGCUCUCCACACAACUAUGAUCUCGUUAAGUCUUAUGGAGCAGAUGCUGUUUUCGACUACCGAGCACCUGAUUGUGCAGCAUCAAUCCGUGCUUAUACCCGGAAUGGACUGAAACAUGCCCUCGACUGCAUCACCUCCGCGGACAGCAUGGCAAUCUGCUACGCGUCCAUUGGCCGAGUGGGUGGUAAAUACACGGCGCUGGAUCCAUACUCUGAGACUGUGGCUGCGACACGGAAGAUCAUCAAAUGUGACUGGGUCCUUGGGCCGAUCAUGCUUGGGAAGGAUAUUGGGUGGCCCGCACCCCAUGGUCGCGCAGCUGAUAUGGAUAUGUAUGCAUUUGGUGUCCAAUGGAGACAGACGCUGCAGGAACUCAUUUCGCGAGGCCUCAUUCGUGAGCAUCCAUUGCUUGUGCAGCCAGGUGGGCUGGCGGGUGUGUUAGAUGGUAUGGGGUCUAUCAGGGAAAAGAAGAUCUCUGCCAAGAAGCUUGUGUACAAGGUCGAGUGA